AUGUCGCUCCUCACGCCCGUCACCGACGACUCGAUGCCGCUCUUCAGCGCGUCUCUUAUCUCCCCUGAAGUCCAGUCACAGCUCCCCGAAGGCUACACAAUCCGGCCGCUGCAGCGAGGCGACUACGCAAAAGGCUUUCUGGAUGUGCUGCGCGUGCUGACCACUGUCGGCGACGUCACAGAAGAGCAAUGGAACCAGCGCUACGAGUGGCUGACGCAGCACAACGACCAAUACUUCAUGAUCUCCAUCCUCGACUCCGCCUCGCGCGUCGUCGGCACCGGCGCCCUCAUCGUCGAGCGCAAGUUCAUCCACAAUCUCGGGCUCGUCGGCCACAUCGAGGACAUUGCCGUCGCAAAGGACCAGCAGGGCAAAAAGCUUGGCCUGCGCAUCAUCCAGGCGCUCGACUUUGUCGCCGAGAAGGUCGGCUGCUACAAGAGCAUCUUGGACUGCUCCGAGGCGAACGAGGGCUUCUACGUCAAGUGCGGCUUCCGGAGGGCCGGGCUGGAGAUGGCUCAUUACUACGGCGAGGCCAAGCCAAAGGGCGGCGCCACAAAGCAGUAG